AAGUAAUCAUGCACGACCUCCUCUUUUGCAGCUCCACGUUGACUUCGUCCACGCACAUGGUCCACUCUCCACUGAAAACAGAUUUGUAGCAGGGGGAAAUGAAGAUGAGAUUUCGAUAAAACUCCAGGCUUGAGGUGAACAGACCUCGACAUACUCCUCAUCUCUGCACUACAUCUCCCUGGAUCCCUGCCUUCUGAGUUCCUCUCACCUGUACCCUACCCAAGAUCAUCAUGGGGGACUCUGACUCCACCAGCUCCAUGCGUCUGAAGCAGGAGAUCUCCCUGCUGCACGGCGUCUGCCUCAUCGUGGGGAACAUGAUUGGCUCGGGCAUCUUUGUGUCCCCCAUCGGUGUUCUACAGUACACAGGAUCUUAUGGUCUGUCGCUGGUGGUUUGGGUUAUUGGAGGGAUCUUCUCUGUGUUUGGUGCCUUGUGCUACGCUGAGUUGGGCACCACCAUCCGCAAGUCAGGAGCCAGUUAUGCCUACAUCCUGGAGUCCUUUGGUGGCUUCCUGGCCUUUAUUCGUCUGUGGACAUCCCUUAUGAUCGUGGAACCAGCCUGCCAGGCGGUCAUCGCACUCACUUUUUCUAAUUACUUAGUAAAACCCUUUUUCCCAACCUGCCCAGCACCAAAUGAAGCAGUACGGCUCAUUGCAGCUCUCAUUAUAGGUCUUCUGACCUUUGUGAAUUGUAUGAAGGUGAAGUGGGGAGCUAUUCUUCAGGUCAUCUCUACUGUGGCUAAAGUCUUGGCUCUCAUAGUCAUCAUUAUUGCUGGAAUGAUCGUGUUGGCCCAAGGGAAGACAAACAACUUCAGGGAUUCUUUUGAGAACUCUAAACUGAAUGCAGGAGACAUGGCUCUGGCUCUUUAUGCUGCUCUUUAUUCAUACUCCGGCUGGGACACACUGAACUUCAUCACAGAAGAGAUCAAAAACCCAGAGAGGAACCUGCCGCUGUCAAUAGCAAUAUCCAUGCCCAUUGUCACCGUUAUCUACAUCCUGACCAAUGUUGCCUAUUACGCCGUGUUGGACAUGAAUACAGUGCUGCAGAGUGAAGCCGUGGCUGUGACGUUUGCUGACUAUGUACUGGGUUAUGCAAGCUGGCUCAUCCCACUAUCUGUGGCCAUCUCCUGUUAUGGAGGUUUAAACUCCUCCAUCAUAGCCGCCUCCAGGUUGUUCUUUGUUGGGUCACGUGAGGGUCAUUUACCCAACGUUCUCUGCAUGAUUCAUGUUAAGCGCUACACACCGAUCCCAGCCCUGCUCUUUAACGGUGGCAUGUCUCUCAUAUUUCUGUGUGUGAAAGAUGUGUUCCAGCUCAUUAAUUACUUCAGUUUUAAUUACUGGCUAUUCAUUGGCCUUUCCAUUGGCAGUCAAAUCUACCUGCGAAUUAAAGCACCUGAUCUGCCACGUCCAGUUAAGCUGAGUCUGUUCUUCCCUAUAGUGUACUGCCUAUGCAGUGUGUUUCUGGUGGUUGUACCGCUCUACAGUGACACCAUAAACUCUCUGGUGGGAAUCACGGUCGCACUCUCCGGUGCUCCUGUUUAUUACAUAUGUGUGCACCUCCCGUCCAGUGCCAGACCCGCCUUUCUUGGACACAUGCUCGAUACAAUAUCGUUGCACACACAGAAGCUGUGUUUUUGCUGCGUUGCAGAACCUGGUUUGGACCUGGACAAUCUGCCUGAGCUGGACAAAAAGAAAUAAACUCCGUCUCCAUAGGAAGCUAAAUCAAGGAAGCUGGAUUACAAAGGCUUCUUUGAGAAUAAGGCAGAACCUCACGUAUACACUUUCCAGUCCAAGUGCGCAUGAAAUGGAUAAAUGAAUAUACAAGGAGAUUAUUCGGAUUUAAACAUGUAGCAGACAGAGUAAACAACUGAAACCAGUGGUAUUAUAGUUUUGGAUUUUUAUUUUUUCAUGUGGUGAAUAUGGGAAAAGUGACACUUAAGGGCACUUAAGCCCAUAUGUAUUUCCUUAAAUGAUUAUAAAUCUUUUCCAAACUAAUCUUUGGGGGAGUAAACAAUUAAACUUUUCAAAUAACUUACUAACACUCUUGCCAUCCCAGAUGUGAAUGACUUUCUUUCUUCUGCUGAACACAGAAUUAUGAUUUUUAGGAGAAUAUUUCAGCUCUUUAGGUCUAUUCAAAGCAUGUCAAUAGGGGACAAAACUUUGAAGCUCCAAAAAGCACAGAAAGGUGGCAUAAAAGUAAUGCACACUACACCAGUGGUUACAGUAAAUCCAUGUCUUUAGAAGUGAUAUAAUAGAUGUGGGUGAGAAACAGAUCAAUAUUUAAGUCCUUUUUACUGUAAAUCUUGACAUCAGCGGUCUCCUUGGCAAUCAGGAUUUCAAGCUCGUUUAUAUUUCCCAGCACCAUCUAGCACUCCGCAAACUCUACUAGUAAGUGUAAUUGAGCUUGAAAUCAUGAUCGUUCCUGUUGACAAUUGCAAGAUGUACAGUGGAAAAAGUAGUUACAUUUUUGUCUGUUCUCACCAAAACAGAUUAUAUUACUUCAGAAGACAUGGAUUAAACCACGUAUGGAUUACUUUUAUCCUUCCUUUAUGUCCUUUUUGGAGCAUCAGAGUUUUGGACCCUGUGGAGUGGACCUAAAGAUCGGAAGUAUUCUUCUAAAAAUCUUCAUUUGUGUUCUGCAGAAGAAAGAAAGUCACACAUCUGGGAUGGCAUGAGGGUGAGUAAAUGAUAAGAGAGAUUUAAUUUCUGGGUCAACAAUCCCUUUAUCUUUUUGAGGUUUAAAAGUGAUGAUUUUACUUUGUGGUGUGGGGCAGAGCUCAUUUUAUGACCACUGGUGGGAAAAGCAAUGUAAAGAAAAUGAAGGAAAUGUGAGGUAAAUUGUGUUAUGGUUUUAAAAACAAUAAAAGUUAACUUAAUGUUAUGAUGUGAAACUGUAGAAGAAAAUAUAAAUAUGAAUUACAAAUACUUUGCAAUAUUUCCUAUUUUUUCAUCUGCCCCAAUUCCAAUACUGCUUUUAAAAAAUUUUGUUUAAAAGAGGGUCUUCAAAGUUUCUACUUCCCAGUAUUGGAAAUGUCUUAAUUUUUGCAUUUGACUAAAAUAGAAGACAUCCUAAGCUUUCUUCAAAGGUAUAAUUAGAUUAUGUGUCAUUUGAAUCAUAAUUCAAUGUGUCAAGAAAAGUAACAUUUCUUGUAGUGUCCCACUUUGACCAUAUUCAGCAUAUGUCAAAAAUUAAAAUGAAUUUGAGAUUUUAUUUAUUUUUAUUUUUUAAGAAAGUUUUGUUGUUUAGUUUCAUUUUUUUUCCAAUAAUCUCAGUUUUAGUUAACGAAAAGGAUUUUAGUUUUCUUUUUAGUUUUUGUUAACUAUAAUAACACUGAACUGAAUACUCAAACAUGCAUACAAACCCCCAUGCCAAUCUGUGGGUCUGGUGGGCAGCAGUGGACCAUUCGAUGCAGUGGACCAAACCGAGACUAAUUCAGCAUUUACAGUAGAUGUAGAUAAAGGCUUUUGGGAAUGUAGGCCUGCUAACUGAAUACUGCAGCUGUAUAGAUGGAAGUGUUCCAUUAACAUCCAAUCGCUGCAAUGAAUUCUGUGUGUUCUUGGAAAGAUGAAGAAUUGGUACUUCAGACUUGAAAUAUAUACAGUCCAAAUUGAACUUUUCCAAAAUAGGGUUAUAAGUUAAAAGUUAUAUAUAUAUCAUUGUUCAAUUUAGUUCCAUUUAGACUGUGGAGCUAAACUUGCCAUUUAAAGCUUUUUUUCUUUGAUUGAACGUGUACUCGUAAGACAGCAAACGUUUUUUUUUUUUUGAACGUUUGCUGUCUUUCUUUGUCAUUUAAUUUAGACUAUGUAAAUGUGAGUAUUUUAAAGAUAGCUUUUAGUUUUAGUGGCGUGUGUACUUGAACAUUAAGUCUUUUUGUUCUGUUCAUUUCAAUUACAUUACAUUUUAUAAUAAUAUAUAUUAAUUAAUAUAAUUUUCCUUGGCCCCCAAAAUCACAUGAAGGUACAAUCUUUAAUUGCAGAAAUGGCACGGGAAGCACUGUAAUAUGGGUAACCCACAGAGGACCUGUAAUGGUUGUAAACGGCAUUUGUUUCUUUUUUCUUUUUUUUUUCAGCAAGGAAUCAAUGUCUUGAACCAGGAAAUCUCAAAGUGGAUGAUGCUUCCUAAAUGGGUUUUAUUUUAUAUAAUGCAUUGUUAUUACGUAUACACUGUAAUAGUUGUAUUGAAUGUAUGCAGGUUAUAUCUUCCAUUCACUUUGCACCUGUCGUGACAUUUUCAGAGCUGUCAUUCGCUAAUGUUGCUUUCAAUACUUGGACUCAAUAAAAUACACCAAAGACAGUAGGAAUGGUAGCUAAUGUGUCUUAACGCUGCUGUAUGCCAGUCCUUUUUUUUUUUUAAUAAAUAGAUUUUCCACUGCAGCACUUGAUUUCAUGUACAGUUCAUUAUUCAGUCAAGCACAGUGACCAAAGCCAUCUUUUAAUCAGACCAGGAUGUGUCUUGCCAUGUGUAUCGUUAAUCAGGUUCAUUGUUUAGUCGCUAGAUUCAGAGAUGUUUUAAAAACAAAUUAUAUAGGUGUUGAUUGACGUUUUGUUUUCUGUUUGGAGAACUAUUCCAUCCAGUUUCCCUUGCAUGGAAGUAAUGUAUUGUUAUUAAAAGUGCCUUAAGCAAAUGUGAAAUGUACUGCAAGAUCAAUAUUUUGUGCAGAAUAAUCAAAUAUUAAUGUCUGUCGAGCAGUGUUGGAAACCUAUGCUUUUAUAAAUGUUCUUCCAUUCCUAUGUGUUUUUAUGUUUAUGAAGCUGUAUGUUACUGUGAUAGUUCAUUGGUUACUUUAUUUAUUUGGCAGUGUACACACAAAAUGACAAUAAACACACUAGUAAGAAAA